AGGCUGUCAUUAACUGCUGCAGACUUGCCGUGCUAUCAUGUCAACACACCUGACUAAUGGAACAUUCCAGAGCUGACGGGCCAACAUAAAAAGGACAAGUCCUUGUCGCCGCCAACAUUGAGUGCCAUUCCUGCAAAGAUGGCGUUUGGCAUGCUCUUCCUCCUUUUUGGCAUCAGCGUACUGUUGACUGGAGCUCGGUCUUUGUCCAUAAGCAAAUACAAAGAUAGAAACUGCCCUGACGGCUGGACUAAGUUUGAGGAUCGGUGCUACAUCUUCCAAAAUGAUAGCAGGAGCUUUCUGGAUGCAGAGAAAGCCUGCAACAAUCUCAGUGGGAAUCUGGUGUCCAUCCACAACGAUCUGGAGAAUACGCUGGCCGUUCAACUGAGUCUGGAGGCCAAUACCCCAAGUCCACUCAUCUGGAUCGGACUCCAUGAUGCCGUGGAGGAGGGUGACUUUAUCUGGACGGAUGGAUCCUGCAACAACUUUCAGAACUUUGCACAAGGUCAGCCUGACGACGACAAUGGAAAUGAAGACUGCGUACAGAUUCAAACUUCAGAUGCAUUGUGGAGCGAUGGAGUAUGCACUGAUGAGAACCCUUCUGUUUGUGUCAGAGAUUUGUACACACCACAUGUAACACCCGCACCAACCACAUCAACCACAACAACCACACCAGCCAACCCCCCACCCCAACCACCUCGACUGACAAGCCAGCAUAAAAAGGACGAGUCUUUGUCGCUGCCAACAUUGAGUCUCAUCACUGCCAAGAUGGCGUUCGGUCUUCGCGUCUUCUUCCUCCUUUGUGGCAUCAGCGGACUGCUGACUGGAGCUAGAGCGUGCAACAAUCUCAGUGGGAAUCUGGUGUCCAUCCGCAACGAUCUGGAGAAUACGCUGACUGUUGAACUGAUUCGGGAGGCGGAAGGCGUGAUUUUACUCACCUGGAUUGGACUCCAUGAUGCCCUGGAGGAGGGAGACUUUGUCUGGACUGACGGCUCCAACAGCAAUUUCCGGAACUUUGCAAUUGGUCAGCCUGACGGAUUCGUAGGAAAUGAAAACUGCGUACAGAUUCGACCUUCAGCCUCCAAAGGCCUCGUGGACUCCGCCAUGGGGCCUUUCAGGUUCAAGUGUGAAGUGACAAGAUUUCACUGUGCAAUGGCGUUUGCUUUUUGCGUGUUCUUCCUCCUCGGUGGCAUCAGCGGGCUGUUGGCUCAACCUUGGCCUUCAGCAGGUGGUCCCUGUCCCAAGGACUGGACUCAGUUCGAUGAUCACUGCUACAUCUACCAGGAUUACCCCAGGACCUUUGGCGAUGCGGAGAGGGUCUGCAGCGUUCUUCACGCCAAUCUGGUGUCCAUCAGCAGUCCAGUGGAAAACGCCAUCGUUCUUCAAAUGAUUCGGGAUGCUAACAACGGAGACAUCAUAGACACUUGGACCGGACUCCAUGACACCAUCCAGGAGGAUGCCUUUUUGUGGACUGAUGGUAGACCCUUCAACUUUGACGACUUUGCCCCUGGAGAGCCCAACAGCUUUGGUGGAAAUGAAGACUGUGUGGACAUCGAGGGAGACGAUGCAUUGUGGCACGACAACCCUUGCGAGGAUGAGAACCCAUUUAUUUGUAUCAGAGAUGUGAAAGUUGAACGCAAGCACUGAUCAUACAAAGUGGGCGGGGUCUGCAGGCCUGCGCUGGCCCGUGGGACCGUGAUGUCCUUCUA